CGGAUUCAAGAGAUUGAGAUUAGUAUUUGUAGUUGUGCAGAGAAGUUAUCUACUUGGCACAAAAAGUGUUUCUGAAUACUUAACACACAUGCUGCCAACGUAAGUGUUUGGUUUGUUUGUUUUUAUUCUCUGUGUUGUGUGUUACGGUGUGUAUUCAAUCUUUACAUGCUUCACCAAACUCCUUAAAAACAAACCCCAAAAUGAGAUCAUUACUUUUUUCAAAUGCAUCAAAUCCAAUUCAAUUCUUCAAUCCCUAAUCCUACGAUCAAUCCAUUCAAGCUUUUUCUGUCAUUCACUCUUCUUCAAUCACUAUCUCAAGACUGAAUUUCUCUGUUUUGUGUGAAAGAAACCAUUGUUGUUUGUUUGAUAUGGUGAAAAAGGUUAUAGAAAACGUGAAAGAUGAUGGAAAAGAGUUUGAAAUGUUGUUGAAUGAGAUCCCUCAUGCAUCAUCAUCACACAAUCUUGUUCAUGAUCAUUUAAUGAAACAGGAAAAUCAUGGUUUUGGUAAUGGUGUGAUGAAUUUUUAUUAUGAUGAAGAGAAUUUGAAUCAGAUGAAUUUUUCAAGGUCUUCAUCAACUGUCACUACUGGAAGUGGUUUUUCUAUUCAAUCUGAUCAUGGUUCAUCCUCAAGCUUGUUUUCUGAUAAUGGUUCACCAACAACACCAUCUUUUAUGGAGGAUCUUAAAUCCACCAUGUCUUCUGGAACUGGAACUGGAACGGGAACAUCGUAUGGCUGUAGCCCCAAUAACAACACAUUCUGGUUGGAUUCUAAGGACAACACUGAGUCAAAGAGGUUUGUUGAUCUAUGUGGCAAUUUCAGUAAAAUGCACAUUGGUGGUAGUAAUGGCAAUCAACAUCAAGAGAAUGCUAGUAAUGUUAAUGAUUUUACUUUUUUGAAUCCAAUCAAUGUUGAUAAUUUUAAUAAUCAUGAUAAGUAUGUGGAUUUUGAUGGUUAUAAGAGAGGUUUUUUGGAUUCUGAUUAUGUGGGGUUUCAGUCCUCUAUGUUGAGAAGCCCUAUCAAUCAUCAUGGAGCUGAAAGGAAUUCGGCAUUAAGCCGAGAUUACGAAGUAGCUAAUUCAUUUGGAUCAGUAGGACUUGUCCGUGGGUUGCGCUUGCGAGACAUUACGUACUCUCAAUUGAAUGGUUUUGGUGGUUCAAUGGAUUCUCCUUAUCAUAGAAGAGAGAUGAUGAAUGAUUACUAUUGUAGAGGAAGUUUGACACCUGAGAUUGUUACACCAUCCUUGAGAAGAAAUUCAGCUGUUAGCGAUGCUUCACUUGGAAUGGAUUUCUUGCAUGAAGUUUCAAUGUCAAGAUUGCCUUUCGAUUCCCUUCGUGGUAAUUCUAGGAUUAAUCCUAGAGCUGUGCCACCUUCAAAUGCUAGAAUCCCACAAGAAAAUAUAGAUAUGGAUUCCGUUACAAGUGAGGGGAGCUUCAUCUUACAGGGUGAAGGAUUAAUUUAUGUUGGUGCAAGAGGUUCGGAUCGAUUGAGGUUUCAAAAUGCCGCGCGUGAAUUUGGCUUUGCUAAGUAUCCACAUAGGCCAGAACUAGACAUUCAACAGCAGGUUGUGGGAGCAUGUGAAAAUCCUAGAAGUUCUAGGACUGGUUCACCAUUCACUAUGCAACCUAAGUAUAAUUCCCUGAUGGAAGCUCGAGGGUGCAUAUAUUUAAUGGCCAAAGAUCAAAAUGGCGGCAGGUUCUUGCAGAGAAUGUUUGAUGAGGGUAGAAUGGAAGAUAUUCAAAUGAUAUUUAAUGAGAUCAUUGGUCAUGUGGUCGAACUUAUGAUGAGUCCUUUUGGAAAUUAUCUUAUACGGAAGUUGUUGGAUGUAUGUAGUGAAGAGCAGAGGAUGCAGAUCAUACUGAUGGUUAUCCAGGAGCCGGGGCAGCUUGUCAGAAUCUCGUUAAAUACUCACGGCACUCGUGUUGUGCAGAAGCUGAUCGAGACUCUCAAAACUAAGCAACAAGUUUCAUUAGUCGUAUCAGCUCUUGAACCAGGAUUCUUGAUUCUCAUAAAAGACAAUAAUGGAAAUCAUGUUGUUCAACAUUGUUUGGAAUACCUAAGAAAUGGAGAUAACAAGUUUAUCUUUGUUGCUGCUGCACGACAUUGCAUCGACAUUGCAACUCAUCAACAUGGAUGUUGUGUUUUACCAAAAUGCAUUCGCUAUUCAAGUGGGGAGCAUAGACAAAGACUGGUUGCAGAAAUAUCUGCUAAUGCACUUUUGCUAGCUCAAGAUAAAUAUGGAAACUAUGUUGUUCAAUAUGUCUUGGACUUCAGAAUUCCAUCUGCUGCCACAACUUUGACUCGGCAGUUUGAAGGCAAUUAUGUGCAUAUGUCAAUGCAGAAGUUUAGUAGUCGCGUGGUUGAAAAAUGUCUGGUUGUAUUCAACGAUGAGAAUCGGGCGAAAAUCAUUCAUGAACUGCUUUCUGAUCCUCACUUUGACCUAUUGCUUCAAGAUCCACAUGCAAAUUAUGUUAUUCAGAAAGCUCUUCGGCAUUCCGAGGGUCAUGUGUAUAAUUUACUGGUUGAAAAGAUUGAGUCCUACAAAGCAAUUUGUCGAAAUAGCCCGUAUUCCAAGAAGAUUUUCUCACAUAAGCUUUUGAAGAAAUGAUGUAAAUUAUCCCUUGGCAUUGAUCAUUUUGGAGUAUGCUACUACAAUUAUUUGCAUGUUAUUUAACUGUAAUUUGGAUGCUAAUAACCAUACCAAUUAGCCAAUCUAAUUAGAAUUGGUCAUGUAUCUAUCUAUCUGCUCAGCCAAUUGUUUUUGAUAAAAAUCAAGGAUUAGACAAUUUUGCUCUCAUUUAAAUUAAAAAAGUUGUUGUACUAUUUUGUUGUCUUGUAAGCUGUUGGAUUUUAUUAUCAGGUUAAUUAGAUAUUCUCAUUGACUGAGAAUGGACGGUGUGUAGUGAUAGGGUGUUUUGUUGUCAUUGUAAAAACUUCUCGGCUUCUUUUGUUUUGUGCAAUAUGGAAUGA